CGGAGCGAUCGAGAUGCCCGUCAAACUGAACUGCAGUUGUGGUUUGGACUGUAGUGGGAAUGGGUGUCCAUGUGAAGUAUUCCUCCAAAAGAGGAAAAUUCUCGCCGCAGUUUGCUAUCUUUAACCCGCACUUCAACUCCCUCGCCGUCUUCUUCCACCCUUGAACACUUCAUUUCCCCCACGGGGUCCCCCGGCGCUCGCUUACAGGCCUCGCCCCUGCAAGACAUGGAGUCUUCUGAUCGACUGACAGCUGCAGUAGUGUCCUUCUAGAACAUGUUGCACCGUUUCGCACCGCCGAGCAGCGUUCUGUUCAGGAAACCUUGUCCCGAACCAGCACUUGGGCCAAUUUCUUCGACUUGUGGAGAUGGUUGGCCGUGAUUGUACGGGACUUCCACCGGCGAUGCCUCAUGACUUGCCGGCGAGGCCAGUCGUGGCGAGGCUGGACCCAACGUAAUAAAGAGAAAGACAUGCUUUAAUCCUCGACGCUGCCCAAGUUGACGAGAGAUGGCCGCAUGAAUAAGAACUUCAACGGACCUAUAUUGAACAGAUAUCUUGUUGGGAAGGUUGCGUAAGGGAACUUUGUGAGGAGAGAGAUCAACGUGAUCGGUUAAAGUCAAUUGUUGCGGCCGUCGAAAUCUGCAUUCACGGUGGUAAACCAUCGGUUUGCACCAUGUCGUCUCUACAAUCAUCCAUCGUCCUGCCAAAACUCCAAAACAUCUCUGAUUUUCAACAACUUCUCUCGAAAGCAUCGUAUGAUGAUUUUCUCCUCCUUGCCGUCCUCUUUCUAGGAGGAACGGCCUACAUCACCAACGGCAUUCUCUGGAACAAGCCAGAUCCUUACCACUACCAAUGGUUCGAGCGGCCUCAAGCCGCUGUCGCAGACUUGCUCUCUGCCAAAACGCAAACCCGGGAUAUUGCUCAACGGCUCGAAGAGACCGGGAAGCAGGCUGUCAUUUUCUGGGGCUCCCAGUCAGGCACGGCCGAAGGGUUCGCGCACCGUCUGGCCCAGGACUUGCAUCGCCGACUUCAACUCGAAGCCCUCGUGGCCGAUGUAUCAGACUACGACGAAGAGAGUAUCGCCAAACUCCCGGGUUCCAAACCGGCCAUUUUCAUCAUGAGCACAUAUGGCGAGGGAGAUCCCAGUGACAACUCCGGGCAUUUUGUGCAGUGGCUGAAAUCUGAAGUCAACACCAAGCCCGAAUCAGAGGCACUGUUAUUUUCCAAUCUCAAGUUUGCCGCGUUCGGUUGCGGCAACAGCAACUACAAAUACUUCAACGCUGUGAUCGACGCCGUUGUCAAGGGUCUCCAGGACCGCGGCGCAACCAUGUUCAUGCCAGUCGUGGGCAAAGCGGACGAAGCGAAAGCCACGACGGAAGAGGACUUUUUGGAAUGGAAGACGGCCCUGUUUGCCCAGCUGUGUCAACAGUUUGGUCUGACUGAGCGUGAACCCGAGUAUGAACCCGCCAUUUCGCUUGUUUUUGACGAUUCCAUCGACGUCAGCGGCGUGUAUCUCGGCGAGCCGUUUGCUCCUGCGACGGGCAGGAAAAAGAAGUCACUCAAGACCCCCUCGACUCCCACGGUGCAUAUGCCAGUGGUUGCGGCACGAGAAUUGAUCAAAACAAACACUCCGGCACAGCCAUCACGAGGUCAGAACCAGCAACCCGACCGAAGCUGCUUACAUCUUGAGCUGGACUUUUCCGACCUCCCUGAAAUCAGAUAUAAAACCGGAGACCACCUGGCCGUGCAGCCUGUUAACCCUGUCACCGAAGUCUCGCGACUACUAAACGUCCUCGGUCUUCAAGAGCAAGCCGACACCCCGAUCAUGAUUCAGCCACGAUCAGACGAGCAAAAUACUGGCUCUGGCGACGACGACAACACCAGACUUCCCUCUCCCACCACCCUCCGCGCCCUGUUCCAGCACUACUUGGAAGUAUGUGCCCCUGUGUCUCGUGAGACGGUUUUAUCUCUGGCCGCUUUUGCCCCUACAGCAGCAGCCAAGUCGUUCUUGCUCGAGAUUGCCUCCGACAAAGCCGCAUAUGCCGACUUCGUCUCCAAGCACCAUGUCACCCUGGCUCGACUUCUGCAGCACGUGGCGUCCGACGCCGUGGAUCCCUCCGUCACUUGGAAGACGGACAAUGACGAGGGGAAUCUUCCGCUGUCGUUUGUCGUCGAGAGUCUCCGACCCAUGGCACCGCGGUACUACUCAAUCUCCAGCUCGUCCAUCAUCUCGCCCCGCCGAGCCGCCAUCACUGUCGCCAACAACCCAACCACCAUCCUAGCACCAACGACGUCAACUCAGAUCGUGAUCCCCGGAGUGGCCAGCACAUAUCUAUCUUCGUUUGUGCAACCAAACCACGCGGAUGUCCAAAAACCAGCAAUCUACGCCAGCAUCCGACGGUCGACAUUCAAACUCCCCGCCUCGGCCGCGACGCCAUUGAUCUUGAUUGCAGCUGGCACGGGCAUCGCGCCCUUCCGCGCAUUCUUGCAGGAACGCGCUCGUCUAGCUUCAAUCAGACAGAGCCAACAAGCCCGGAAUCAGACCCAGGAUUCCCAUUCCCCACAAACACAAAUGGGCAAGAUCCUCCUGUUCUUCGGCUGCCGCCACCCAGACCUGGAUCUCCUCUACAAAGACGAGCUGGAUGAGUUGGUGCACAACUCCCCGCUGAAGGAUUGCUUGGAGGUCGUCUAUGCUUUCUCGCGGUACAGUGAUGGUAGUGAUAAUGAUGACAGCCAGAAACAGACCAGAACCAAACCCGGCCACUAUGUACAGGACAAAAUAGGCCAUCGUGCUACCGACGUUGUCAAGCUGCUUCUCGAUGACGAUGCCGCCCUGUAUAUUUGUGGUUCGGCGAGUAUGGCGCGCCAGGUUGGGGACCGUAUCGGCGACGCCCUGAAAACGCAUCGCAGCAUGGACGACGGUGCCCUUAGACAGUGGAGGGAGGAGAGGAAGCGCGUCAGGAGGUGGCAGGAGGAUGUAUGGUGAUGAGAUGACUGAUCUUUGGACCGAAUUCAAGACCCUGCCAGUUUACAUUUCAGCUUGGAAUAGAUCAUAUAUAUCUAGAUAUAUAUAUUUAUACACGGCAUAUUUUUAUCGUAUUCGCUGAUCC